AGAAAACCUGCCUGCUGCUUGAGCUUCCAUGAGUGUUAUCCAGUAGGAAGCGUGUGCGUAUUCCACCAGGUAUUUGGUUCUUGUCCAGGACUUCAGGCAAAGCCACAUGGAAAGGAAAUGAAGAGUGAGAAUGAAACUUCUUCAGCGGACUUCAUUCUGCUGGGACUCCUGAGCCGGACCAAUGUACACAUGUUCUCCAUGGCCAUGAUCUUAUUAGCCUUCAUCGCCACUUUGUCUGGGAAUGCUCUUCUCAUACUUCUAAUCCAGGUGGACUCAUCCCUUCACACCCCCAUGUACUUUUUCCUAAGUCAACUGGCCUCUGUGGACAUCUGUCAGACCCUGAUUGUUGUCCCCAAAAUGGCAGCAGACUUCCUGACCCCAGGCAACCCCACUUCUCCAGCUGGCUGUGGGGCUCAGAUUUUCCUCACACUGACAAUGGGAGGAGCAGAGUGCCUCCUCCUGGCAGUCAUGGCUUAUGACAGAUAUGUAGCUAUCUGCAACCCCUUGCAAUACCCUCUCCUCCUGAGCAGGAGAGUCUGUCAGGGCCUGACAAGUGGGGUCUGGAUUGGGGCAUCUGUAAAUGCCUUAAUUAUUACAGCUUUUAUUAUGCACUUGCCCUACUGCAGCUUUAAAGAGAUUAAUCACUUCUUUUGUGAGGUCCAAGCCCUGCUCAAAUUGUCCUGCUCUGACACAUCCCAAUAUGAGACCCUGCUGUUCGUGUGUAGCAUCAUUAUGUUCCUUAUCCCUUCUUCCACCAUCCUAGCCUCUUACGCUCACAUCCUUGCUGCAGUCCUGAGGAUGAGGUCUACCAGACAGGAGAAAGCUCUGGCCACCUGCUCCUCCCACCUGACUGUGGUUUGCAUGUUCUACGGGGCAGGCAUCUUCAUGUACAUGAGACCCAGCUCCUACCACUCCCCAGAGCAAGACAAGAUUGUGUCUCUAUUUUACACCAUUGUCCCCCCAGUACUGAAUCCACUCAUCUACAGCCUGAGAAACAGGGAUGUCUUACAUGCCCUCAGAAAAUGGAUUGGGAAAUGCAGACACUUCCAGCAAGAUUGACAGAAGUUGUAGCUUACUAUGUGCUUUGUCUCAUUAAACCGAGCAGGCCUCCAGCAAGGUUUUCUGGAAUAUUUAGAAGGAAGCUAAAUUUUCGUGGUCACUUAACAGCCAGUGCCCUACUGAGAAUCACAGGCUUUUGGGCUCUGUCACUUAAACACUUAGAAUCAGGUUUGAGGAAAUCCACCCCACUCCCUCAGAUCACAGGUGUUCUUCUGUUGCAGGCGAUUUAACCAAAUUAUUGCAUACACUGAAGACUUUAUAGGGGAUUGAAACUUUGUAUUUCAGUUUCACUCUGCCCAAGCCCUCCUAUAGGAAACAGGUCAAGUGACAGGCCAGCAAAAAAGAUCUGGGCCCCGGGAUAAAAGGCUUCUGAGGAAAGAUUGUAAAAACAAGGGUUAUUUGGCUGUACAAGAGAUGACUGAUGGGGGGAUUUGAUAAUAAUCUUGAAAUACAUGAAGAGUGUUUAUAGAGAGAAUGGAGAUGGGUUGUUCUUUGAGGCUGUAAGGAACAAGUCUAGGAGCAAUGGCUUCAGGCUGCAACAGGGGAACUUGGAGAUGGCAAUUAGGGGGAACUAGCUGGCUUCGGGUAUGCUCAGGCAUUGGAUCCAGAUUCUCCAUGCUUGGAAACUUUCAAAAGCAGGUGAGACAGACACUUGGCUGUGGUAGUUUAGUCAGGGUUGAACAUGUCUUCAGUAGGGGCAUGGACCAGAGGACCUGCUGAGGUCUCUUUCAGCCUAUGAUCCUAAGUGCUUAGCUGUAGAUCUUUCCAAAAAACUAUUUUUAAGAGCAAGGCACGAUACUUUAUGUCUGAUUCCUGUCUCGAUUGCAUUGUUUUUUUUCCACCAGAAUCACUCUAUUGAGGUGUGAGGGGGUGUUUUAAUUAGAGUGACUCCCAGACACUUGCUCUAAUAAACCCCCCACAGCAUCACUUAUAUUAAAUCCCCAUGUAUUUAGAACUCCAAAGAGCAACUGUCUAGGCAGCCAUAGGUUUUACAGAAGAGAAGAAAAGCUCUAUUUUCAUGGUAUCAUACUUAGGGUUGGAAGGGACCUAAACAGAUCAUCAGGUCUGACACCCUGGCCGGGGCAAGGAUGGGUGCCAGGAUCACAUCACCCCAGCUAAAUAUCUGUCCAGCCUCCCCUUGAAGACCCCCAAGGUAGGAGAGAGCACCACCUCACUUGGGAGCCCAUUGCAGAGCCUGGCAGCCCUAACUGUAAAGUAACGUCUCCUGAUGUCCAGCCUGAACCUUCUCUCUAACAAUUUCUGGCCGCUAUUCCUAAUAACACUGGGUGGUGCCUAGGGGAACAGAGCCACCCCCAAUUCCCGCUGGUCCCCCCUGCUGAGUUUGUAAAUGGUCACCAGAUCCCCUCUCAGCCUUCUCUUGUGGAGGCUGAAUAGAUUCAGGCCCUUUAGCCUUUUUUUGCAGGGCCUGCAAGAUCCCUUUCUGCCACCGUGUUGACAAGAAAGGUGUUCCCCAGCCUAUAGGUGUGUAGCUGGUUCCUUCUCCCUAGAUACAGCACCUUGCCCUUGUCAGGGUUGAAGUCCAUCCUAUUCUCAUCCGCCCACCUCUGUAACCUGUCUAGAUCUAGCUGGAUUCUGUCCCUCCCCUCCAGCAUGCCCACCUCACCCCACAACUUGGUUUCAUCAGCGAAUUUGGACAGUGUGCAUUCCACCCCCACAUCCAGAUUGUUGAUAAAGAUGUUGAACAGUACAGGCCCUAGGACUGAGCCCAGGGGGACUCCACUGCCCACAUCCCUCCAGGACGAAAACGACCCCCACCACUCUCUGGGUAUGACCAUCUAGCUAUUUUGCCACCCAUCUCACUGUGUAAGCAUCAAUGUCGCAGUCACCAAGUUUUUUUUUUUAAAGAAAUUGUGGUGAGAAACCAUGUCAAAGGCCUUCUUAAAGUCUAGGAAGACAAUAUCCACCCGAACACCCUCGUCCAGUGACUUUGUGACCUGGUCAUAAAAAGAAACCAGGUUAGUCAGGCAGGACCUGCCCUCAGUGAACCCAUGCCAGUUGCCCUUGAGCGUUACCUCCCUUGCUGGGCCCUUGCAGAUGUGCUCCUUGAUAAUUUUCUCAAAGUUCUUCCCAAGGACCAAGGUAAGACUGACUGGCCUAUAAUUGCUGGGGUCCUCCCUUCUCCCCUUGUAAAUGGGGACCACAUUGGCCCUUUUUAAAUCCUCUGGUACCUGACCAGUGGCCCACGAGCACUCAUAGAGCCAUGCCGGGGCCCUGCUAUGACUCCCGCCAAUUCCCUCAGCACCCUUGGGUGAAGAGCAUCUGAACCUACUGAUGUAAACACUCUGCUCACUUGCGUGUCUUGGCUCCGGCUCUUAGAAUUUCCUCUUUGCUUUGUUUGCUCACUUCCUGACUCCUGAACCUUGACCAGGGCUUUGCCUCACAUUGGCCUCAAUGGAUCGUAUAGCUACGUCCUUGAUUCCUAAUCUCUGACUUGGCCAAAGAUUUGAAGUCCACACAUAGCUUCUGCCUUCUCCCAACAGCCUUCACAUUAGGCCAGAACACCUAUGCCAUGGUCCUUACCGGCACUCAUCUUCAUGUGCAUGAAACACAACAAUUACCAUUGGAAAUGUGCAAUAAAAGUAAGUUUGGGUCUCCAUAUUACACCAUUGUAAGCAAAAUGCUGGUUCCUCCCAAAAUCAGGGAUAUUUUAGGAGCUCUAGGCACCUCAUUUGGGAUAUUCAAUCUUUAGUUUGUAGUCUGAUCCAAUUUAUUGAUGUGGCAGGCUGGCCAAGUGUUCAGCAGCAGCCCAGCUUGAUGUCUUGAGCUGGAUGGCUCAGUCUGAUUGGUGGGGGCAUUUAUCUCCCCCACCAAUCAGGAGAAAGUAGAAGGAUGGCUUGCCCUGCCCUGACCAAGAGGUGAGGUGAAAAGGAGGACCUGAGGGGGAACUAACUUCUCAGGCUUCCCCUUGGUUUAUUUUCAAUAGUGGGGUGGAGCCUCCAGAAGGGAUAAAAGCCUGUGUGCCUAGCACAUGGGUGGCUUUGAUGAGUCAUGAUGAAGAUGGGGUGGCAGAAGAGCUGGUAGAGAUGACUAGGAGGGCAGAGCAGUUGCCCCAGAAGCAGCCUGAAUAUGCCACCACUGAGUGGGAUGCAAUGAGCUGCUGCUCCCAGUGCCACUGUGGAGAGAGCUGCAGUGUUGGUGCAUGGAUCUGUGCACUGUGGGUCCAGAGAGCUGAUGGGACUCUGCGGAUGCAUGAGGAAGUGCAGGUCCCCAUUCCUGCAGGAGACAAGGUCCCGUUUGGUGUGCAGAGCAGUGGAUGGGGCCGGAGAGGGCUGACAGACUAGGAAGCUGUGUGAGGUAUCUUGGGAUUUCCUGCAGAAGUGGAAAGCAGGAUGGAGCAACCAUGCCAGCAUUUCUUAUGGUAACUUGUUCUUUUCCCUGGUAUUGUUCAUUCUUUUGGGCAUAAUUGCUGUACCAUUGUUGUUGUCCUUGUUACUUACAUUGUUGAGACCCUUGCCUUAAACUUGUGUACGUAAUGUUGUAUUAUGAGAUGAUUAUGAGAUGCUGUAUUUAGCUUGCCAGGGGACCUGGUAGCACAUCCCCUCCUCCAGCGGCUGGUUGCAUGUGUGUCUCUGGGUGCUGCUGAUGGGCCUCGCACCUGGCUAGUUUUGUACCGCCCAUCAGCAGCCUGCAGAAUCACAUGUGCAACACGUGGCAGUGGUGGUAGGGAGUUUUAAUACUGCAGGAGUGAUGGUAUGGUUGGGAUAGUCCAGGACACAUGUGACAAGCAAGCACUUUUGUGAAUGAUAAAUUUGAUUGGACCAACUGCAUGGUUGGGAUAGAUUUUGGCAAGCUGUCAAAUGCAGUGAAUUCUUCUUCAGGUCACUGGGAGUUUUUUGUUUGUAAUGCAGGAAAUGUGUCCCACACUGUCUUAUCCUCAGUGUGAAAAUGUUUCUGAGUAGCUCUCAGACCUCUUGUCUCUAAAUGUUCAUUGACAAAGGUCUGCUAGUUAGGGGGAAGAGGUCUCUCCCUCCCUGCUGCAACAUAGUUCUGCUUUUUGUGUAAGUGAGGCUCUGUUAAACCACGAGCCUAGACUCUGUGUUGACUGGCAGAAUUUAAAGAGAUUUUUCAAAGCACUAAGGAGAGCUACAGAUGCCCUCGCAUACACAUUAGACUAAGGUAGAAACAGUCUGAGAUCAAGCUCCUGAGUCUGUGGUCUGCAAUCAAGGAAUAGAUUCCACUCGUUUGAGUGGACUCUAUGCAUAUCAGUGGCCUCCGGGCCUGUUCUUCUACCAUAAUUUACAUCCAACAAAUUCGGAGAUGCCUAUCUGCCCAGACUGUGCUUCUUCGCUUUUUCUCUGUUCCGAGCUGUGCAUACGAGAGGGAUGUCUUGUGCACAAAUGCUUCAGGAACUGAUGUUCUUGAUGGAGAAACAUCAUGUCGAGUGAGUCAC